AUGGCUGUCGGCGGAUAUAGUCACAUAUUCGUGGCCAUCGACAAGCUGGUGACAGCCACCACAGCAGCCAAGGUAGCCGAGUUCAUUGAGGAGAUAUCACAUCGAUUCAGGGUGCCUAACCAGAUCAUCACAGAUCGGGGUACUUCAUUCAUAGGCUUCGAGUUCUGGGACUACUGCCAAGAAAGCUGCAUCGACGUCUACUAUGCCUCCGUGGCGCACCCCAGGUGCAAUGGCCAAGUUGAAAGGGCCAACGGCUUGAUCCACCAGGGACUCAAAGCCAGAAUUUUCGACCCGAUCGAAAAGUAUGGUGCAAAGUGGUUCCAAGAACUACUCAGAGUAGUUUGGGGACUACGCACACAAAGAAGCCAGGCUACCAGCUACUCGCCAUUCUUCAUGGUGUACAGUUCUGAAGCAGUCUUACCAUCGGAUAUAGCUUUUGGUGCUCCGCGCAUCCAGAACUACGACGAGAAUGAAGCCGAAGCAGCUCGAUGCACCGACAUCGACUCGGCAGAGGAGCACCGCCUAACGCCCUCCAUCCAGCAUGCGAGAUAUGAACAACAGCUUCGGCGCUACCAUGAUCGCGACUUCAACGUCGGUGACCUAGUUCUGCGACGAAUCCAGUCGACCACCAGCGCUCACAAGCUGUCUUCCCCAUGGGAGGGCCCCUUUGUAGUCAGUGGGAAAGUGGUUCCAGGAACCUACCACCUACAGAGGGCAGACAGUACAGACGUGGGCAACCCAUGGAAUAUCAAACACCUGCGUCGCUUCUAUCCGUAG